AUGGCCGAAGUCGCUGUUGCCGUCGCCACACCCGCUGGUCCCACCGUCAAUGACGAGAACACCGUGCCAUCCACCGGCGAUGAGAUCAAGACAGUCUUCCACGAUGUCAAUAACUUCAACGUCAAGCAUCCUCUACUCAACAGCUGGUCACUCUGGUUCACAAAGCCUCCCUCGUCCAAAGGCGACAACUGGAACGAUCUGCUGAAGGAAGUGGUCCAAUUCGACUCAGUCGAAGAAUUUUGGGGUGUCUACAACAACAUCACAGCCGUCUCCGAUCUUGCAGUCAAAUCCGACUACCAUCUCUUCAAGAAAGGUGUACGACCAGAAUGGGAAGACCCGCAGAAUAAGCAUGGUGGCAAGUGGUCAUACUCCUUCAAAGACAAGAAGUUGGUCAAUAUCGAUGAGCUCUGGCUACAUGCUCAGCUCGCAGCAAUCGGCGAGACUUUGGAGGAUGAGGGUGACAACGAGAUCAUGGGAGUCGUCGUGAACGUUCGCAAGGGCUUCUUCCGCAUUGGCCUUUGGACGCGCACAACUGGCAAGGCUGCUGCCAAAGAGACACUCGUCAAGAUUGGCACCAAGUUCAAGGAAGUGCUCCAGCUUCCAGCUAGCGAGCAGCUCGAAUUCUCUGGCCACACAGAUGCCGCACAUGCUGGCAGCACCCGUGCGAAGUCUAAGUACACCAUUUGA